AGCUAAAUGAAAUCUGUUGGUGUUUACAUGUACGGCCAAUUAGCGAUUUAAUGGAUUUUAUUCUUGAAGACAUCACCAAAAGGCGCACGCAGGAGUGAAGGAUUUACGCGUAAAAAGGCCACUUUUCACACGUGGCCGUAAUCCAGUGUUACCUUCACCAUGGCUCGUAUCUGUGCGGUGUUUUUACUUUGUGUCACAUGUGUUUUCAGCAGAUCAGAAAGUGUGUCUGAGCUCUGCCGGGGGACGCGCUGCUUCCCCGGCCAGGACUGGAACCGUCCGUGCGUCGGAGCGCGCUGUCAGGGACAAACGGACGCAGGAGCGCAUCGGCGGCAGUUUCACCCCUCAGCGCAAACCAGGCAGGGACAAACACACCCGACUUAUCAGCAGGAUACUCAUUUCAGUCAUCACCAAGCCCAAAGCGCACCGUUAGCACCGUAUACUAUCAUCCAACCCCAGCAAACGGGCUAUGCGCACCAGGCGGCCACGGAUGGCACCAGGAGGACCAACCCCAGGACCAUCACGGCGGAGGUGUUCCAUCCAGACUGCGCCGGUGGGACCUGUCCGACCACCAUCUCUCACCGUCCCACGGGUGAUGACACUUCCACCCGGGAGUGCAAAGGGAUCGGAUGUAAACUUCCCCCUCGGAUGCGACACAAACCCAACGCGUGCGUUGGAGACGGUUGUAACGCGCACGUAGGAGACGAAGACAGAGGCGGCUCUUCUCCGGUUCAUGUGACGGACAGAGCCGCGCAGUUCCUGGAUGAGUUUACCGACUUUGGAACCGAACGAGGAGCCUGGAUCCAGCUGACAUGUGACAUGAAACCGACUGCAGGGACCAAUGAGGUUCCGUCAGAGGAUGCACUUGUGUUACAGCUGCAGAUGUCCAAAGGCCAGGAGAAACUGGUUGAGGCCCUCAGGGGUCAGCAGGACGAAGUCCGAGAACUGCAGAGGCUCCUGAGUGAACAGCAGGGGGCGCUAGUGAACCAGCAGAGAGAAAUACUGGAGCAGCAGAGGAGGAUGUUCGAUCAGAUGGAGCAAGUAAAAGCUCAGUACAACAUCUUGAUGGACAACAUGAAACAGACGUCUUUCCAGAACAUCCAGGGAGAUCUGAACAGCCACAUGGACACCUUAAAUGGACAGAUGCAAUCCCAUCAUGCACAGCAGGCUCUGUCUUUGCACAAAGUGGACAUGGAAGCCAGUAUUAUGGAGGUGGGCCGGUCCAUGUUGGCCUGUGGGAGCUGUGGCCCUGAGGAGUACUGUGGCUUCACCAGUGGGAGACCUCACUGUGAAAAAUGCACCAUCUGUCCUGCAGGCUUCUUCCUGGUCGCCCAGUGUACGGUCCAUGCAGACAGAAUCUGCCAGGACAGAGAUGAAUGUCUUGAAAUAACUGAUCUAUGCGGUGACCAACAGAAGUGUCUCAACACUCCAGGUGGAUUCAGGUGCCAAGGCAUGACAGAGCGAGAUGCCAACUCAGGAAUGUGCGGCCACGGCUACUUCUUCAACUCCGAUAUGGAUGAGUGUCAGGCCUGUAAUGAGUGUGAUGGGGAGCCCGUGGCCUCCCCCUGCACCUUCACCACAGACACCAUCUGUUCUGGCGCCACUGUUGGCGACGGCGCCCUAUCUCUUCCCUGGGCCGGCGAUGUGUCUCUGCCAGGUGAUAAAGCGCGAAUCUUGGCUCACGCCUUCUCCAGCGUGCAGCUGCAGAUCCAGGGUCGAGGCGAUGCGGGCCUGGUGUCGGCAGAGUCCGGGUUCCUGGUUCUCCGGCAGCACGGCCUGGUCUGGUUGGACGAGAACCUGUCGGUGAGUCACAGCUGCCGCAGCUUCAUCCAGGUGUGUCUGCGCAUGAACAACACCGAAGGCUCCGAAGGUCGCGACCUCAGUGGUGUCCGGGUGGAGCAGCGGGACGGGAGGUCGCUCCAAAGUAUCAGCAUCAGCGGCGUCGCAGAGGUCGCACCUGGUCACAUGAUCUCUCUGUUCCUCCGGAGCGCCAGCCAACACUGCAACCAAAGCGGCGAAGCUCUGCAGGUGUACAACCCCGCAGCGCCGCCGCUCACUCUGCUCUGGCUGUCACAUGACACUGGGGCCGUUGCCAUGACAGCACAGGCCAUGUUGUCCGCACACUACCACACAAACUACCGGCCGGUCUUCCGCACCACCUCCACCUCUGACCCCUACGUGAUGGGACUGACCCAUGAUGGGCGCGGGGUGCGGUUUGCAGAAAGCGGCACCUUCCGCUUCGUGUUCCAGCAGGCGUUGUACUCGAUGGGCCAGGCGUGCGUCAGUGAGGGCUUUCAGCUGUUGGCGUACCUCAACCAAAAUGGAACAGGAAUGGAGCUGUGCCGGUCCUUCAAACCAGGCGUCCACUACCGAGACACGUCCAUAUCCCUGUCCGGAGCGGCCAGAGUGGGCCCUGGGGACACCCUGGGCUUCGAGAUCCUCUCCCCCGCCCAGUGUAAUGUACGCUUUUUCGGGGACGAGACCGGCAUCAGUACUCUGAGCCUGGUUUGGGUCCCCGCUGCCAUCUCCUCGUCUUUAUCCGCCACCGUGGCCCACACCGGCCUCCCCUCUGGAGCGGUCCGCAACAAGCCGCUGUUCUUCCACCAGACCAGCGCUCAGGUCCCCCAGAUGGGGAUGCUGGUGAGGGGGUCCGCCGAUCACAGACGAGAUUUUGUCUUCAGAGAGAGCGGCACGGCGAACGUAGCCCUGGACCUCAAACUCAUUCACUCGUGUAACCUGGUCAAGGUGACUCUACUCAGGCGAAGUGAUCCAGAGGGGUCAGGGGGAGGGGGCCGGGAGGCGGAGGGGGUCCGGAACGUCCCCUUAGCCCAGCAGGUGGGCGGUCAGAUGCCCGAGGGCAGCCAGUGGGCCAGCGUGAGCCUGCGGUCGUCCUUCCAGGUGCGUAACGGAACAGCGGUGUUUUUUACACUGGACUGUGUACGAGGGAGGGUCAACCAGAUCAGCCACCUGACAGGAAGUGGAGUUUCAAUCCUCUGGGUGGCAGAAUAA